CAGACCAGACCAGACUUCCAAAUUCGCGUAAAUUCCUCGGGGAUGCUCCAUCGUAGAAAUUAUUGGUAGCUUUUUCAGAAAAGUGGCAGUUCAGUUUCUCGAAAAAAAUAAUGGAGAUGCAUGCAAAGACGAAAAUGAUUCAGUUGAGGAUUUUGUAUCCGGAAUUUCCCACGAUGAAAAAUCCAACUGUGAUAGCCUUCAACAAGAAUGACAACUGCCCAAGGUCACGCCUGAUAGAGGCACCUGAGAGCGUAAGAAGAAAAUUGUUGACGGAAAAAAAGAGAGCAAUAUGCUGCAGACUGUCUGUCCAAAGAUGUUUCAACGGGAAGCGGAAGUUAUUACAUCAGAGCGAGGCGCCAAUGAUGAUGGAAAGAAAGUUCACUAUGCUUCAGAAUAUAUUGCUUGAAUUCAAUGAAUAUAUUUCAACGCAAAGGAAACGCAGUAUGUCUUCGUACUCUCCAAAUAAAAACAGGUCACAAUUUGAAGUACAAAGAUGCCUCCUCGCUCUCGACUUUCGAAAGAGGUAGCCGAGGUUAUUUUAUUGAAGUACAAAUAUUACUUCCAGUCGGAUCAUCUUCCUGUAUAUUCCAAUAAGGUCUGGCAGGACCUAGCUCAGGAACAUAAUGGGGAUUGAUCGGCGCAUAAUUGGUACAACAAGAUGAAAGACGUCAAAACAGGAAUUUUCUCCGCUGUUAAGCAGAAGAUGCAAAUCAACACGCCUGUGAAUUCUACAUUGAAUUUGACUGCGGACACGACAAUUGGAAAGGACUAUACCUCAUUUGAAAUUCCUGAACGGCAGGAUCAGAAGAAUGAAUGGUGGUUUGAGUUUUGUGUGAAACUCGAAGAUUGGACUUAAAUUGGGCCACUUAGAUUGGAUAAUCUGAAUAAAAAAAUUCAAUGUAAACUAGCUGCUGGUGAUCA